AUGGUGACCGUCAGCAAGUCGCACUCGGGCGCUGACCCUGUUCCGCUCCCUACGUCCCCCGAGCCCGGUUCCAACUCUCCGCCCUCGAAACGAGAUUUGGCCUCAUGGUGGAAGCAGUUCAAGCGGAGCACUAGGAAGGAUGAACUGAAAGACCCUCCCCGCGGAAUCUUCGGUAUUCCGCUUAACGUCAGCAUCAAGUACGCCAAUGUGGCAAUUUCAUUGACCAACGAUCACGGCGAAAGCUUCAUUUAUGGCUAUGUGCCGAUUGUUGUCGCUAAGUGUGGCGUCUUCCUCAAAGAAAAAGCAACGGACGUGGAGGGCAUCUUCCGCCUCAAUGGAUCCGCCAAACGCAUCAAGGACCUCCAGGAGGUUUUCGAUUCCCCCGAACGCUACGGGAAAGGACUGGACUGGUCAGGCUAUACAGUUCACGAUGCUGCAAACGUGCUCCGCCGAUAUUUGAACCAGCUCCCCGAGCCCAUCGUGCCUUUGGAGUUUUACGAACGCUUCCGUGAGCCGCUACGGACCUACCAGAAACAAGUUCAGGAAGACAAAGAGACGCCGGAUGCCGAAAAGUUUGACCACGCAAAGGCUGUGGAGACUUACCAACGACUCAUCAUCGAGCUCCCCCCGUUGAACAAGCAACUGCUGCUCUAUAUCCUCGAUCUUCUGGCCGUCUUUGCAUCAAAGUCUGAUCAAAAUCGCAUGCCAUCGGGCAACCUCUCGGCGAUCUUCCAACCCGGCAUGCUGUCGCACCCCCAGCAUGACAUGUCACCCGAGGAAUACAAACUGAGCCAGGAUGUUUUGAUCUUCCUGAUCGAGAACCAGGAUCAUUUCCUCUUCGGUAUGAGCGGCACGGCGGCCGAUGAGCAGACUAUGAAGGAGGUCGAAGCAGGAAUCCCACCGCGGCCUACGUCCCACUCGACCGUCCGACGAUCUGUUUCCAAUGCCAGUGCCAACACAGAAAGCCAUCGCAAGCUGGACAAUAUCCGGAGAAAUGUCUCUGUUUCGUCUCGCAAUUCCCGCCACUCGAACAACGCUCCAAGCCCUAGUACUCCUACAUCGAUGGCCGGUGGUGGUGGUGUUCACCGAAGCAAUACCCUUCCAUCAAAGAUGGGUCCCGUUCUCACCUCUGCGCGCUAUGCCCGAGCCACCGAAACUGGCUCGAGUAACCCCUCCGGACUCGUUGUUUCUCAUCAGAGCUCUCAAUCCACCAGCCGCACGCCGUCGGUACGUGAAGAGACUGAGCCCGUGUCUGAGCAGAAACCUGAACAAAAACAUGCGGAACAACAUGUCGAACAGCAGGAAGAGCGAAACCCCAGUCAAACAGCUUUGGUUUCAUCUACUGGCGGAACCGCUUACGUUCACACUACUACCCACGGCCCCAUACCCCCGGCAACUGCUGAAAGUCUGAGCCUCAGUGAGACCCCGAGACCCCAGGAGAACUUGCAAGCCCCCGUCUCUUCACCUCCGGCAGUUGUCACUCCCAGCCGUGAACGCAAGCUUUCAAACUUUUUCACCAAGUCACCGCCCCCCGAGAGCGAAAAAGAGCCACGACAGCCAAACAGGUUGAGGAAGAAGAGGAUUCCUGGUAGCGCAAGCAUCAGCGCCCAAAGCUCGACCAAUUCCCUCCAUGGCCACGGCGUCGAUCACAGCGUGGACCAGGAACCGAAGCACGAGAAUCAGUCUGUGGAUGUUGCCAUCGGUGAUACCACUCCCAGGCCGCCGAAUACCGCCACGCUUGCUAACCGAGACAACCCGUCCGACUCGAACCCGGCCUUGGUAGAGGGCAAUCUUCAACAUCAUACCGAUCACUCCCUCAAACCUCACCAAUCACGCACACCCUCCAUGAACUCUCGUUCUUCUUUCACUGACCAGUCCGAUCUGGAUCAACCUGAUGACGGUUCUCGCCAAGAGCGUCGUGAAAAUCGGCGGAGUUGGCGGUUCCCGCGAUCAUCAAAACGCACUAGUGAGCAAGUCGGCCUUGGCCUUGCCUCUCCGCCUCUGAUGGCCACCAAUCCUGGCGCCGAGCAAAGCACCAGUUCAAUUGGGAGUGGACACAAUCCAGUCUCCGAUCCCUCUAGUCAGCCACUGAGCUUGGAUGCCGGCAUUCAGGCCAGUUCCUCUGCUGGAUCGGAGGGCGAAAAGAAGAGCUUAUUCGGCAAAUUCAAGGCCAAGGUUGCCCAAGUCCGGGACGGUGUGAAGGACGAGCUUGAACGCACAAAGAGCCCAACCCGAUCGGAUCCCGAUCCUUCGCUCACCAGUCAACCGCUGUCUCCCGCCGCCACCGCUAGCGAGCCAACAAAUGGCAAGCCUGCUUCGAUUGACAUACCGAGAGAACAGCCCAAGGAGGAGCCUGUUCGGUCACCUGUAUCCCCACUGCCUGGUGCCGGUUUUCCACCUUCAAUACCCGAGGAGCCGCAUAGUCCAGUGGCGGCUGUGGCCGCGCCAGCCAGUGAAAACGUUGAACCUGCUCAAGUACCGGCCAGCGAAUCUGUGCCUACAUCCGAGCCUACGAUAUCUCACGACACCCCGAAAGAGGCAGCUGGACCGUCUACACCAACUGCCUAA